UUUUAGUUGAUGCAACUAUAUAUUUCUUUUUGAUUAUCUAAGAAAUUGAUAUAAAGUCAUACAAAUUAGUAAAUUCUAUAGAUAUGAUUAUAUAUUAUCUCUACGUAUAUUAUAUGAUAAAACAACAGUAGUUAUGGUUGAUGAGAAUUCCUUGCUUAGAGAAAACUUAGAAGCGCAGUUGGAUCGAUUAGUACAACAACUUAGUGAUCUAGAAGAAUGCAGGAAUGACUUAACUGAUGAAGAAUAUAAUGAAACAAAAGAGGAUACUGUUGAACAGCUUAAAGAAUUUAACGAAAGAUUAAUUAAAAUUACAUCUGGCAAUACUACGCUUCAUGAUAAAUUAUCUAUUAUGCGAUUGGCAACAAGUGCUGCUAUAACUAAAGCAUUCCAAACUCCUUCAAUAAUAAAAUUAUUUGCUAAAAAUGAACCUAAUGCUCUAAAAGAAAAACGUAAUCAAAUUGAUAGAGACAUGAAACUAGGGAAAAUAAGCUCUGAUCUAGGUAACCGUCAAAAGUUUGAAGUAUUGACAGCUUUACGACAUCUUGGUUGUAAACUAACAGAUACUGAUAAAAUAUUUAUUCAAGAAGAAAUGAGAAAAUUACCAAAUAAUACAUCAAUUGUUGGAUUUAAUAUUACUGAUUCAUUGAAUGGAUUUGAUUUUAAUUCAUUUUUGAGAAUGGAUGACAAUUUUUCAUAAACUUUAUUUCUUAAUUUCUAAAUGUUAACUUCAACCUUACUAACUUUUUGUCUACAGGUAAUUCUUUUAAUGCUAGCCACUCAAUUUCUCUUAAAAUAUUGAUUAUAUUGAGAAAAUUAUCUUUGAUAUCAUUUAAUUUCAUGCAUUUUCUGGUUUAUCAGUUAUUAGUUACAAUUUAAAUUCAUCACAUACAUCUUAUAAGGUAAACUUUAAUAUUUAAAUAAAUACAUACACAUAUAUAACUAGCUUGUAAAAUAAAAAUUGAUCUAAUUAAGAAAAUUUUGCGUUAGUACAUAAUUGACCAAUUGUUUUGUAAGUUAUUACCAUUUUAUAAUAUAGACUAAAGGUUAGACGCAUGUAUGAUAAUAUUUAUUAUUAGACAUUUUUCAGCCUCAACUUACCUCCCGUCUAGGUAUACAAAUGUUAAUAACAUUCAAAAUACUGGUACAAGAGUUGUUAUCAAACAGUCUUUCUUAAAUAGACCAUUUUCUAAUAAAUAAGCUAGUUAAAUGUGUACAUUGCCAUUUAAAAAAUUAAAGUUAAAACCUUUAUAUAGUUUAAAGGAUAAAUUAAAAAUGUAUCUAAUAAGUGUAAAUCAAAAAAUAUAUGAAACUAAAUAAUACAGAACAACAAAUAACAAAAAAAUUAAUUUAUUGUUUACAAUUUUUAAGAUUUUCAAUGCUUCAUUCUUUCAAAAAAAAAAAAUUCUGAACUUAUAGUAUUUCUUUUUUUGGUUUAGCAUCAAAACCUUUCUUUAUGAUUAUAUAAUAUAUAGUUAAUUAUACAAUUGUCA